UCUUGUCGACUCAUAGCGCCUCUCAUCAGCUGUUUCUCUCUCAUCAGGCGUUGCGGGCUGCUUUCGUCAAGCCAGGCCAAUACCGGAGAAUCUGGUCAGGUGAAGCCGCCGGGCUUCCUACAACCAGAUGCCUGCGGUGAAGCAUCCGUGCCUCCAGUGCAAAGGCUUUGGUUCACAGAAAAGCACGUCAAAUAUCUGAUGGCAUUGCUAACAGCUUGCCGUAUUGGCCUCGUAGGUGACGAGGAACGCCCCAAGUGUCGUCGUUGUCAGAGCAAGCUAUUGCCCUGUACGCGCCCAACUAAGAGGACCGUUUUCCGCCAUGGCUCAGUCGUCAACUUUUCCAAGGAGCAGAAAUGGGUCAAUAGCGAAGUAAAGCACUUUCGUUUUCAUUCCCAAGGAGGCGGCUCCUCAGUCGUCAGCCAGGAGAGCCCUGAUCAGCGUGGAGCAUCUGAGGGAUGGGCUGCGGCAUCUCCCGACGCCAGCCAGCCCCCAUAUCAUGUUGCAUCCAACGCGGGUCCUUCGCGUGGUUCGCCUUCGACUCACUCGCCUCACUUGAGCAAUCAUUCCGGGGAACAAACCCCUGAAGCUGCAUCGCUCAGGGCUCGGGAACAUCCGUAUGACGAACGAUCUCCUCAAUAUGGCCCCCACAUUCGACCUCGCGGAUACAGGGAGGCAGAUCAUUAUUCUUCUGUGGCACCUGCGGCAUACCCCACUGAUGAGGCUUCUGCUUCAUACGCUUCCUUGUAUGACCGCUAUGUGCCGAGUGUGAUAUCAUCGCAAGAAGAUGAGACCCUUCAACGCCGGUUUCCCCUGGAAGAUACCCGAGAAGCCUGCCUUUUUAGGUAUUUCAUCGAAGAAAUUGCCCACUGGUUCGACCUGUGUGACGAAGACCGCCAUUUUCAGCUUGUUGUCCCUCAGCAAGCUCACCAUCACCCCCAUCUUCUCAAUGCCAUAUUUGCUGUUGCUGCUCGCCGUCUCAGUCGUGUUCCCCAGUAUAGGACCCCCGCUGGAAUUCUUUAUCACGGACAGCUCAUUCCAGAUCUAAGCGAACAUGACGCUGUCGAGUAUAUGCUGAAAUGCAUCCCUGCGCUCCGGCACUUUCAUGAAAUUGACGAUGAUGAUUAUCGGGAUAGCAUUAUUGCUACUGCUGUCAUACUUCGUCAGCUGGAAGAAAUUGACGAAGAGGAGGAUGAUGCCCCGGUGGCUGGCAGCCACCAAGGCGAUACUCACCUGCACUCCAGCAAAGUGAAUUUCCUCCCAAUCAUCAAUUCUGUACUGAGGAGCUCCGCAUCGCAAACUUUAUUCGCUCGAAGGAGUCUGAUACAGGCGGCAUAUUGGUUUGCACUUCGUCAAGAGAUUUUUCAUAGCUUGACUCGAAAACAACCGCCACAGCUGUUUCCCUCGAUGGAGCUAUGGCACAGCGCGUCAAAGGCGAAUCGAGCCGUCUUUCAUACUAUACAGUGUGCAAAAUGGCGCUGGGAAGACGGAUCGGAGCGUGAAUGGACGAGGCUUAUGGAUCAGCAACAAUAUCUCGAACGCGAAACUCUGGCCAACUUCCGGCCCAUCUUUAGGAGGGAAGCAGACAAGGCCAAAGGAGAAAUCUUUCCUACCAUCUGGUACAAAUCCACUCUUGAAAUGACGAGCAUCCAGCAGAGCAUCAUGGCCAAGUCGGUGCUGGUCGCCGAGAGUCCUCUUCUCAAAAGGCCAACAGCAUCUCGCGCCGAUUGGAGAAGGGCUGAAAACGAUGUCCGUCUUCUACUGUUAGAUCUGUGCGGCAUUGCACUCUGUCAUCCCGCCUCACCACCGGCACUUUUGAACGCUGCCAUUGGCAUUCAGCUGUACGGCGACUUUUUUACGGAUAGAUACGAGCGACAGGCGCUUCGAGGUGUGGUGGAAAAGUAUCGGGACGCGCGAGCAUGGCCGGUGCAGAAGUUGCUGAAAAUGUUUAAUGAUGGCUGA